AUGACAGUCAAGCCAAGCACGCUCAAAGACGAAUUCAAUCGACUUUUUCAAAAACACCAUGCCUUAGAAACUGACCCUGGAUUUAUAAGCAAAAAACAAAAAUUAAAGCAAUUGAAAUUAAAGCCACGGCACGAUCUCAACACACUCUCCGAGAUCUUUCAAGAUCCUGAACUUGUCUCUCGCAUAUCUCAAGAAGCACAUGAGAUACUGCGUCUCAGUAGCACACGCGCUCCUCGUAUUCGUCAAGAACAGGAUAUCAUUAUUCAUAGAAAACCUCAAGCAAAAGAUGUCUAUCGGCGCACAGUGAUUGAUGAUGAAGUGGCCAAUAUGUACAAUACAGUCGAGAACAGCAUUCGACAAGAAGACGAAUAUAUCAACCCAAUUGCACCUAAACAAAGAAAAUACCUUGCGCAUGAAAAAGAAUGGCAAUUGACACCGACGGAAGAGACAAUUGUACCAUCAACAUCGCCUGUUGAACCUGCAAUGAAUACCAUGCAUGAAUCAUUUCCUAUAGCGUUACCAUCGAUACCAGCAGCUACUAUUGAUUUAGAUACGAAUGCGUCAAUAGAACACAAUGCUGAACUUAACAACAUGUUUGAUACAGUAGCACAACAAAUGAGUCAAAGUCCACUAAAGACAGUGGGACCCAAACACCUUUAUACUUAUUUACCGAGACAAUGUGAUUCUUUUGCUUAUAAUUAUGUUAAAGAAGAUGUAAGUCUGUACAGGAAAGGUAUGUGCAUUCACACUGUAUAG